AUGGCCGACAGCUGGAAAUGGACACCUGACUCGAAACUCUGCUUCGUCACUACUGGAGCCACUGCUCCCUUCACUGCUCUGAUUGAAUCUGUACUAAGUCCCUCAACCUUGGAUGCUUUACGACAAGGUGGAUUCACACAUUUACUGGUUCAAUAUGGAUCAGCUAAGGAAAUUUAUACAAAAUGCUCCAACGAUGCUCGCGCCCACUUGCAAAGCAGCCAAGAACAGCGAGACUUGAUCGUAGAUGGCAUCGAUUUCAGCCCAGACGGACUCCAAACACAGCUUCAGCUUGUUCAGAGGUCCAAAGGCUUGGUCAUAUCACAUGCUGGCUCUGGUUCAAUUCUCGAAGCCCUCCGGUAUCAAAUCCCACUUAUAGUCGUACCCAACACUGGUCUACUUGAUAACCACCAAGAAGAGCUCGCUGUCGCCAUGGACCGAAACAAUUACCUCAUUCGCGGCGACGUCACAAAUCUUGCGCCAGCGAUCAAGCGAUCUGAUGAGUUUCGAGCCAAAAUGUCUCAGUUCCCUCCAAUUACUAGUGGGAAGCAUCGUGAGACUAAGAGCUUUGCCGCCAUAAUGGAUGAGACAACUGGGUUCAUGGAUUGA